AUGGGCGGAGGACCAGAUGAAUGGUUAAGUACAAUCAAGUCAUGCCAAUAUUUACCCGAACAUGAUAUGAAAAAACUUUGUGAAAUGGUCAAGGAAUUGUUAAUGGAGGAAUCUAAUAUACAGCCAGUGUAUACACCAGUAACAGUUUGUGGUGAUAUUCAUGGACAAUUUUAUGAUUUGUUAGAGCUAUUUCGAGUUGGAGGAGAGAUUCCAGAUACACAUUAUAUAUUUAUGGGUGAUUUUGUAGAUAGAGGAUAUUAUAGCUUAGAAACAUUUACCUUAUUAAUGGUGUUAAAAGCAAGAUAUCCUGAUAAGAUUACCCUUUUAAGAGGAAAUCAUGAAAGUAGACAAAUAACGCAAGUUUAUGGAUUUUAUGAUGAGUGUCAAUCAAAAUAUGGAAAUUCAAAUGUUUGGAAAUAUUGUUGCCAAGUAUUUGAUUAUUUGACAUUAGCAGCUAUUGUUGAUGGACGAGUUCUGUGUGUUCAUGGAGGAUUGUCACCUGAAGUUAGAACAUUAGAUCAAAUAAGAAUAAUACCAAGAGCACAAGAAAUUCCACAUGAGGGAUCAUUUUGUGAUUUGAUGUGGUCUGAUCCCGAAGAUAUUGAAACAUGGGCUGUUAGUCCACGUGGAGCAGGAUGGUUAUUCGGAGCUAAAGUAACAAACGAAUUCAACCAUGUUAACGAUCUUAGUUUGAUAGCUCGAGCACAUCAACUAGUUCAAGAAGGGUUUAAAUAUAUGUUUCCGGAUGACAAUCUUGUAACAGUAUGGUCAGCUCCUAACUAUUGUUACAGGUGUGGUAAUGUAGCAUCAAUUAUGCAAAUUGAUGAAAACUUACAAAUCGAUGAAAAUAGCUUUAAAAUUUUUAAUGCCGUACCUGAUCAAGAGCGUGUUAAUCCAGCUAGAGCAGGUGCUUGGACUUCUACUACCAUUAAUCAAGGACAUUUAGGAGUGAUAGCAUAUUGGGUUGACCAGGACUGGAAAGUAAAAAAUCUUAUUUAUGAAAUCCAUACAUGGUUAUUUUUAGCAGAUAAAAAAUAG